GGCCAGGAUGAAAGUGAGGCCCUUAGCUAGGUUCUGGGGAGGGCCCGCCGCCGUUUUCGGCGUAGCCCUGGCGGCCCGCGUGGCCCUAAUCUUCUACGGUCUCUACCAGGACCGUACCCUAGUGGUGAAGUUUACGGAUAUCGACUACCGGGUGUUCACGGACGGGGCGCGCUUGGUGACGGAGGGCCGCUCCCCCUACCGGAGAGCCACGUACCGAUACACUCCUCUGCUAGCCUGGCUCCUCACGCCCAACAUCUCCCUCUCCGAGCUCUUCGGCAAAUUUCUCUUCAUCAGCUGCGACUUGCUCGCCGGCUUCCUUAUGUUCCGUCUCCUGCUCCUCACCGGUUUGAGCCCCUCACGGGCGUGCGGCUACUCGGCCUGGUGGCUGCUCAACCCGCUGCCCCUAGUGGUGUCCAGCCGGGGCAACGCAGAGUCAGUCAUCGCCGCUCUGGUGCUGACAGCGUUGUACUUUCUAGAGAGGAGGAAUGUGGUAAGGGCUGCCUUGGUCUACGGCCUGGCGGUGCACAUGAAAGUGUACCCGGUGACUUACAUCCUUCCCAUAGCCCUCUAUUUGCAGACUGAGCCCGGUGAGGCGGAGAAGGACCGCUCCAAGAAAUGCCUCCUGGCUCGUAUUUGGGGACUGGCCGGGAGGCUGUGGAAUCGGGAUGUGCUGCUCUUUGGAGUGGUUGCUGGACUCACAUUUUUUACCCUCGGUUUAGGGUUUUACUACAGAUACGGUUGGGAAUUUUUGGAGCACACUUAUCUUUAUCACCUUACCAGGCGAGACAUACGACACAAUUUUUCCCCAUACUUCUACAUGCUCUAUUUGACAGCAGAGAGCAAAUGGAGUUUUUCACUGGGACUGGCAGCAUUUUUGCCACAGUUGUUGUUGCUUGUAGUUGUGUCUUUUGCUUAUUAUAGGGACCUUGCCUUUUGUUGUUUCCUUCACACUGCCAUUUUUGUAAGUUUUAAUAAGGUUUGCACUUCCCAGUAUUUUUUAUGGUACCUCUGCUUACUGCCUCUUGUGAUGCCACAAAUAAGGAUGUCCCUGAAGAAAGCUAUACUCCUUCUUGGGCUGUGGUUUAUGGGACAGGCCUUAUGGCUGACUCCUGCUUAUUUCCUUGAAUUCCAAGGAAAAAACACCUUUUUGCUCAUUUGGUUAGCUGGAUUGCUCUUCCUUUUUAUUAACGGUUACAUACUGAUUCAGAUUAUUUCUCAUUAUCAGUUGGGAAAGUUAGCCAAGAAAAUCAAAUUUCAGUAAUGGGUAAUAUUAAUGAUGUGGUGUUUCUGUGAUUUAUGCCCACUAAAUGGGCCACUAAAAUACUUUUUAAAAUGUUUUAACUUAAGCUUUGAGCAUUUUUAUCACCCCCAAAGACAUUCAAUUUAGGUCUCAAAACUUAGUUUAAGCCAAAAUCUGAAGUAGAAUGGAGGGAGAAAACUGGAGAGAUUGUUUCUUCUUGUGGAUGCAACUCUUUUGAAGAAUACUAGUCAAAGGAGAGUUAAGCUUUAAUAGAAUAACCUUUCACUUAGUCUUUUGGGGCACAUUAUUGUAAAGGAUGAAUGAAUGUUCUCAGUUGCCAAAGAAAUACUUAAUAUAAUAAGUAGAAAUCGUUUGCUGCAAGAUUAAUGCCAAUGGGAGUUUAGUCCAACAGAAUCCAUUUAAUAAGCCUAGUGAGUUUAUUAUGCCAUUCCAUUGUGUCUUUGGUUAAAUAAAAUUUUAACUUCCAAGCAUUCUCUUUUAUAAAAUGGAGUUAGCAAUCAUCAGACUAACUUGUAAUAACAACUAAAUAAACUGCUAAAUUAAACAUUAUUGGAUUAGGUAAAAUAUUUUUUCAUUUAAAUAAAGUUGAGUGGAAGUUUGCAGGGAAUAGAUGUUGAAUAAAACAAAUUUAGAUUGUUGAUCCAGGAUUUUUCCAUUUGACUUGAAGCUGAACAACUAAAACCUUCUAUGUGUGCUAUUUUCCUGUUAGAAUGUGAGCUCCUUGAGAGCAAGGACUGUUGUACUUUUCUUUCUGUAUCUCAGAGCUUAGCAUAAUACUUUGUCCCUUGUAAGUGCUUAAUGGAUGCCUUUUCUUUUUUUUUUUAAAUCCUUAACUUCUGUGUAGGGAGAAGAGUGGUAA